AUGUUAGGAAUUGGUCAAUUCUUAUUAAUUUAUUUUGGAUCAGCAUUGACUGCCUCUUUGGUACAUCUUUCUUAUAAUUAUUUUUAUCAUCCAAGAAAUCCAAAACGUUAUAUCGGUAGUCUUGGUGCUUCAGGGAGUUUAAUGGCCUUAACCACAAUUUAUGCACUUACAUUUCCUUCAUCAACUUUCUUAAUAUUUUUUUUAAUACCUGCACCAGCAAUAAUGGUAGUAGGUUUAUAUGCCUUUUAUGAUAUUUAUCGAGCAGCAUCAAGGUCAAUUGGAAAUACUGAUAGUGCAAGUCAUAUUGGUGGUUCAUUAUUUGGAUUAAUUUAUUAUUGGUAUAAAAUAAGAGGGGGAGGAAGAAGGAAUAAUAAUGCUGCUAUUAUUUUGAGAAGAUUCUUCAAAUUUUGGAAAAGGUAA